AUCUCCAUAUUAACCAUGAUUAACUGACAAAAUUAUCCGGAUGUUAUUGUAUCCUCUUUCAUAACACCUUUACAAAAUUUUAAUAUGAAAUCACCGCCACCUAGCGAAAAAUUUGUCAUUUUUAACUGACAGAUUUUUCACCAAUAAGGUAUUUUGUUGAUCCCGAGACAGUUUCCCAUCAUCCAACAUUUCACGAUAUCUUAAGUUGGCGUAUACUCACAACUACAAUUGUGUGCGUACUUUUUGCUAUUUCUUAAAAAAGCACCGCUCGACAAGUGCUCUGUUGCGGGAAGGGUGCAAAUCUAUUACUAAUGCAGAUGUGAAGAGUGGGUAAAGUAAAAAUGCGCUAGUCGUAGUUGCUGUGCUGUUUUUAUUAUGGUACAAUUAAAAGGGACAACCUGGGAUGGUCUAGGUAAUGAAAAAAAUAAAAAGUCAUUACGUGUAAAUAUGAAAUUAAUCAAUAAUAAUUCUUAUUCAAGAAAAUUUUAAAACACGAUUGUAGUUUUUAAUUAUUCGCUAGCUUUUAAUGAUCGGAAUGUGUGAUCAAACCGAAUUAUAUUUUCUUGUUACCCUUUCAAUUACACUGUGUCAAUUUAUUUUAUAUUGUUUUCUUUGCAGACAUAAUACAGGAAAAAAUAUUCUGUUUUUUUUUUAGCUGUUGCUCAUAAUGCCAAUCAAGAACAUGUAACAAGCUGCAUUCGUUAUAAUGAAGUGUUACCCGAGGGAGUUUGCAUCAACCAACUCAAGAAUCAUCGAAUUUAUCAAUCCCCUUUUGAGGCCAGAAAAGUUAACAAAAUAAUAGAAUGGAUUAGAGUAUUAUUCGAUUUGACGAAAUAUGUCAAUAUAUUAUUCUUUCAACGGGCAUUUUCUAGGUAUCUUGAAAGGUUUACAAUCUGUAAAGAAAAUCCGGAUUACAAACUUUUUCUACGAAAAAUACGGCGCUUAAUCAAGGAGAAAUUUUCAGUGUUUCAUUAUUGUUUGCCGUUUUACGAUAAAAUUUUUUGCUAUAUACGACAUCCGCCAUGUUUAAAGUCGAGUCAGAAUGAUGAAAUUAUUUUGUCACCGCCCCAUGCAGAAGAUAUUGUAAAGAAAGUGGUUGUGAGAUUUUUUUAAACACAGUGAUAUACACUACAUCAUUAGAGUUACACAGAUUGUGUCCAUCUAAUGUGUCAUAUCCUCGAACCGAAAAUUAUUCUUGCAAUCAGUUUCCAAUUGCUGACAUGAAUAACAUUGAGAAAUGUCAAAAUAUUGGAAAGAAAAGCAAAGAAAAUUCAUCAAUAACAUGUUAUAAUGGCGAUGGUAUUUUGUACAACGGUACUGUUAACAUUACGUCAACUGGUAAAACCUGUUUACCAUGGAACAUCAAUCCAUUUUUAUCUUCGCGAGUAUACAGUAAUUUAAUUAAUAAUUACUGCAGAAAUCCGCAAGGCUAUGCAACAGCUCCAUGGUGUUAUGUUAAUGCUACCAAUCGAGAUUGGGAAUAUUGUGAUGUGCCGAAGUGUACACAAAAUGAUAUGAAAGGCAAAAAAAGCGAGAAAGAUUUAUCAAUAACGUGUUAUAAUGGCGAUGGUAUCUUGUACAACGGUACUGUUAACAUUACGUCAACUGGUAAAACCUGUCUUCCAUGGAACAUCAAUCCAUUUUUAUCUUCGCCGGUAUACAGUAAAUUAAAAAAUAAUUACUGCAGAAAUCCGCAAGGCUAUGCAACAGCUCCUUGGUGUUAUGUUAAUGCUACCAAUCGAGAUUGGGAAUAUUGUGAUGUGUCGAAGUGUACACAAAAUGAUAUGAAAGUAAAGUACAAGGAAGUGCUUAUUGUUGGCUUGGUUUUAAUAUUUACUUUUGCUAUUGUUCUGUCCAUCUGGAAAAUCUGUCGUAUACGAAAAAAUAAAACAAAAGACAAUAUUGAUCCAUAUAACGUUUGUUCUGCAUCUGACCAAGAAAUAACAUCACAAUUAUUGAGGUUGCCUUCGCUAAGUGAAAAUUGAUAAUAACAUGAGGAAGAUAAUAUCACUAUAUUAUUGUCAAUUUUGCGAUAUGACAGCACAGUAGUCUAUUGUUAUUGCAAAUCAUUUUAAUAUGUGUCAGAAAAGUUCAUCAGAUAUCAGUUCAUCAGAGUUUAUUGCUGGAAAUAGUUGUUAUAAUUUUCCUACGUUUUUGACAUUGUAAAAGAUUUUUCUGAAAUAAAUUCAAAAUUUAACGAA